AUGGGUGCAGUUAAAAAAAAUAAAGGAGGUGUCUUCUUUGUUUAUGGUUAUGGUGGAACAGGUAAAACUUUUUUAUGGAAGACAAUAUCUGCAACAAUUAGAUGUGAUGGUCAUAUCGUUUUAAAUGUUGCUUCAAGUGGAAUUGCUUCGUUAUUAUUGCCCGGAGGUAGAACAGCUCACUCUCGAUUUAUAACUCCAUUUGAACUUAUUGAGGAUUUUGAUGAAGCACCUAUGGUCCAUAAGCAUGCAUUUGAAGCUUUAGAUCGAAGUUUAAAAGAUGUAUUGAGGUCUGAAAAUUCUACUGAGUCGAAUAUUCCAUUUGGAGGGAAAGUUAUUGUUUUUGGAGGAGAUUUCAGACAAAUUCUGCAUGUUAUUCCGGGUGGCAGCAGACAAAACAUUGUUAAUGCUUCUUUAAGUUCUUCAUAUUUAUGGUAA